AUGGGCCGCACCGAACCCGUAAUCAACCUCAAGCCUCAAGCAUAUAGAAAAGACGCCCGCGCGAAGGCAGCCAAAGCAACCGCGUCCAAAACGAUCCCCGCCCUGCUGACCUCCGACCGCCGCGCCCGCGCCGGUGUCGACGCCGCCGAACUGAUCGUCAACCCUCCCGCCGCCUCACCCAGCACAUCUUCCAGCCAACUCACCGCGUCCAACACCAAUGUUGCCGUCCCAGCGCCUCCUCCAGCGCCUCUUCGUAUACGACUUCAGGUCGCGGACUGCCUCACCGCCGCGCGCACCCUCCUCUCCCUCCCACCAGCAAAGUCCCCGCCGAAACCCCCACUAAAAGCCCCACCCAGAGUCGCACUCCUCAAUCCAGCCUCUCCCCUCCACCCCGGCGGCGGCUUCCUGAACGGAGCUACCUCGACCGAGGAGUUUUUAUGUAUGCGCACCACGCUUCUGCCCUCGCUGCGGGAUGAGUUUUAUCGACUUCCGGAUCUGGGAGGGGUAUGGAGUCCUGAUGUGUGUGUUUUUAGGGGAGGGGGGUGGGAGGGGGGGACGGGUGUGGAGCUUGGGAAGGGGGGGAGGUGGUACGUCGAUGUUUUGAGUGCCGGAAUGUUGAGGUUUCCUGAUGUUGUCGAAGUCGAGGUUGAGGGAGGUAGGAGUGGGAAGGCAGAAGUGGCGGGAGAGGAGAAGGGGGGCACGGAGAGGAGGUACGCGAGCGUCAAGGACCGAGAUAUGGUCCUCCGCAAAAUGAGGGCGGUGAUGCGGAUCCUGUGUCAGAAGAAGGUGGAGAAGGUCGUCCUGUGUGCGUGGGGCUGCGGCGCGUAUGGGAAUCCGGUUGGCGAGGUUGCACGGGCGUGGCGGAAAGUGUUACUAGGUGGGGGUGACGAGGGUAAGCGGAAGAGAGGCAGUAAGGGAGGUGCCGCAGAAGAGACCUGGGAGGGAGUGAAGGAGGUGAUGUUUGCGAUCGCGGAUCGACGCAUGGCUGAGGGGUUUGCAAGGUGCUUUGGCGCGGGCCUGGAGGUUGAGAUGACGGAGUCGAAUGAGGGUGUGGAGGCAAAUCCAGAGGACGACGGGUCGACGCAAGCUAUCGAGGAGCUGCAGGCCAAGGUUGCGGAAUUGCGGAUACAGAUUAGCCAAGUCAGGAGUCCGCAUCUGAAGUCACGCUUGCAGGAGAUCCUUAGCGGCCUGGAGAAGGAUUUGGCAGACAAGGCAGGGUCGGCUUUGAGCGAGUCAAGCGGAGCCGAACACGAAGGCGGAACUGAGGACGGCUUAGGCGGAGAGAGUAGCAUAGCCGAGGAAGUUCUUGAAGUAGAGGACGACGAUCAGGACGAAGUCAGUGAGGAGGACGAGAUUUCAGAAGGCUAUGUUGGCUCGUCUGAAGAUGAACCACACUCUGUAGAUGAGUCGUACAAGAAGAGCUAG